GAGAGAGAGAGAGAGAGAGAGAGAGAGAGAGGGAUUGGGGAUUUGGUCACAUGGGGAAUUUGUGUGGGAGCUCUGCGAAAUGCGCCAAUGCUUCUUCUCCUUUGGCCUCGAAAACUUCGCUGCCUAGCAAUACUACUUCCAACUCGACGAGUUCGAGCAAGACAACUCACAAAAGUUCGGUCAGUUCUCUUCCGUCAUUCAAAAGUGAGGCAUCGCCGGCAGUUAGCGUGAAAUCAUUCAGCCUGAUUGAGCUCAAGUCGGCCACAAAGAACUUCGGUUCGAAUUCAUAUCUCGGGGAAGGAGGGUUCGGCUGUGUAUAUAAAGGAUGGAUUGAUGAGAACACCUUGGCCCCUACGAGGCCUGGGGCAGGGAUUGUAGUCGCCAUUAAGAAACUCAAAAGGGAAAGCUUUCAAGGGCAUAAAGAAUGGCUGGCCGAAGUUACCUAUUUGGGCCAGCUUCGCCAUGAAAAUCUCGUAAAGCUCGUAGGAUACUGCUCGGAGGCUGACAACAAGCUACUAGUGUAUGAGUACAUGCAACGAGGAAGCUUGGAGAAUCAUCUCUUCAGAAGAGGGGUGCAACCUGUUUCUUGGGCUAUGCGGGUCAACAUCGCCACCGACGUCGCUCGAGGGCUAUCAUUCUUACAUCGCCUGGAUACUCAAGUUAUCUUCCGCGAUUUAAAGUCCUCAAAUGUCCUUCUUGAUUCGGAUUUCAGAGCAAAACUGUCAGAUUUUGGCCUAGCUAGAAAUGGUCCUACUGGAGAUAAGUCGCAUGUUUCAACUCGGGUUGUCGGAACCCGUGGCUAUGCGGCUCCAGAAUAUAUUGCUACAGGCCACUUAUCCGUGAAGAGUGACAUAUACAGCUUCGGUGUAGUGCUAUUAGAACUGUUAUCCGGAAGGCGAGCACUGGAUGAAGAUCGAGGAUCCACCGAAGAGACACUUGUGGACUGGGCUAAGCCGUAUUUGAACGAGAGAAGGAAAAUAUUCAGAAUCAUGGACACGAGGCUCGAAGGUCAAUACUCGAAGAGAGAGGCGCAGGCGAUCGCGUCGCUUGCGUUGCAGUGCUUACACAGUGAUCCGAAGAACAGGCCGAGCAUGAGUGAGGUCCUACAAGUAUUAGAAGAUCUUAAGCAAUCUAAAGAUACUACUCUGUUACCGCCUCGAGCACACUCAAGGGAGUAGAUAUUGUUGCGAUGAUGCCGCAUUUCUCCUAUUUAUGUAGCUUUGGAGGAAUAUGUGUAGUCAUAUUUCGUUUUUUUAAAGGUUUUAGGCGGAAAUUAUGUAAAUGGUACGUAGAAUGUAUAAUAUAUUUUGGGCACCUGAGGUUUUUGCUAGUUUUCAUGUAA